AUGGGCCUAUUCUCAAGAUUCAAAGGUGAAGCUGCUGGGGGUGAGCCACUACAAGUCAAACAGCAGCAACCACAACAGCCGCCGUUGGUUUUGCCCAGCCACUCAUCGUCGUUCAAUCGGUUGAAUUUGAGUCCUCCUCCUAGUCAUACAAGAUCAAACACAGCCAACACUACACACUCAUACGUCUCGGGAGAAUUUCUGUCGACUGCUUCGACUUCGUCGUAUUCUUCUACUGAUUCAAUUGGCCCCUCAACGCAUAUCCAGCAAGCGUCAGCGCCAGCGCCAGCGCUAGCUCCUGCUCCAGCUCAUCACCCCGAGCAUCACCUCCAGCACGGCAAGUUCGAAACCCACUUCGAGCACCCUUCGCCUCCUCGCAUAAAGCACUUGCCAGCUUCAUUGAGGCCGAAUUUGAAUUUCACCCAGAGCGUGAGCACACCACCACCAGCUAAAAUGAAAUCCAACUAUAUCACAUCAAUACGCACUUCCGAGUCUGACUCUGAGGCUAGUGUGGGGUUCUCAACACCAAGUGGCAGAGCGUCCACCUCGGAUAGCUCCGUGUUUGAUCCUGUUGACACACAUCGGUACAAGGAAAUCGACCCCAGUGAGGUAUCACCAGGUAGCGCAUUUGCAAUCGAGUGUGCCAACAACAACAUAGCAGCAGAACCCACAUACCACACUGUCAACUCCUCAGUGUCUCCAAGCUCGAAGCAGGUUGAUCACAGUGACAAAGAAUCCAAAAAGGAAGCCGAAAAAAUUAAUUUCGAGGAACCUGUUGUUGGCGUGGUGCAACACACUACCAGCAACCCAACUGGGCCCGGCGCCUCCCCGCUCCCAUCACCAUCCAGCAAACAAUCCAAAAGAAACUCAAUCACAAACUCCAACUCGAACUCGAAUCCCACUUUACUUCAGCAUAGAAGAUCCAGCUCAUAUACCUCGGGAUACACUCGUCAGCAGCAGGCCCCCUAUCCCGUACCAAACAACUUUGGCUACCAGCAACCACCCAUGAUUUAUAAUACCCAUGAAAAGGAAAUCGACGACGAGACCAUUAGCUCUAUGUCCUCAUUUCAACCAACGCAGCAUCCCAUGUAUGAGCAGUGGAAGUUGUACUAUCAAAACUUAGCAUACCAACAACAGCAAUACCAACAGCAGCAGCAGCAGCAGCAGCAGCAGUACCAACAGGCGAUGUUUAUGGCUCGCAAUGGAGGUCAGGUCCAGCCGGGGAUACAGUAUGGCCAGUCUUUUCCCAAUGCGAUGCCAUUCCAAAACGGCUACAACCCUUAUAUGAUGCAGCCGCAAAUGCCACACGGGCAACAGCCGACUUUAUUCAUGCAGCCUGGUGUCAACCCAGUCGAGGCAGCCGAGGUGAGGCCACAAAAGACCGCUAGACAACAGAGAUCGCGCUCGCUGUCACGCUUGAACUCACCCAAGGAGAAAAUACCCGUACCAGUACCGGAAUUGGAGAAUAUCCCCAGCGAUGUUGAAAUCGAUGAAAGGUCUACUUCUCCUGAUACGGCCGAGGAUGCACCAGUACCAUCGGCACAUGACUAUCUUGAAGCUUAUCAGCGUGGCAGAAAAAGCCACACCAGAGCUACACCAGAAAGCCAAUUGAUUAGCAAUUCUCGAAUAUCCACUAUCAAAUCCAAUAGAUUUUCAUCGGCGCCGACUGCUGCCUCGAAGCAACAAGCUGUCAAUGGACAGCACCAUCGCAUUGCCUCGUUGGAACUGAACUUUAAGCCGAGAGAUUUCGACGUGUACGAAGAUGAUGACGAUGAUGAUGAUGAUGAUGAUGAUGAUGGUAAUAAUAAUGGAGAAGGAGACAGAGAAGUUUGCGCAAAAGACGAGGUUAUGCAAAUGAGUCAAUCUUUUGGACUGUUGGAUUUGAGUAAAGCACAAAGUACUGCUUCGAGACACAUUUCCGACUACAACAAGUUUUUGUUUGAAGAUGAGGAUUUUGAGGAAGAAGAGGAGGAACAGGAGAAGGAAAAAGAAAAGGAGGAGAAAGAAGAAAAAGCAAAGCAAAGCAGCGACUCAAGAGCAGAAAAAGGCUUUACAAAAAAGGAUGACGAGUUUGUUGAUUUUGACCAGACCAUCAUUGCAGCAGAUUUGCCCCAGCCUCAAAGCCCCGUGGGACAAACUCCAUCGCCAUCGAAUGAAUUGAAUAGAAAAGACACCACCUCGUCAGAAGCAUCGGAAAACUCCAUCCAAAGCGAAGGCAAAUUUAACGUCAAGGAAAUGAAAUUUGCACAGAGAAACCUCAUGAAACAUGAUGAAAAAAUAAAAAGCAAAAAGAACUUGAAAAAUAGAAAUGUUACCCCGCCUAUGGGAUUCAACAACAUGUCGAUGAUUGAUUUCACAAUGCAGCCGCAAACACCAGCACAAGCACAGCAACAACCACAACCGAUGAAUCCCAUGAUGCAGAUGCAGAUGGGUGCCAUGGCCGCGAUGCCUGGGAUGCCUGGGAUGCCUGGGAUGCCCGCGAUGCCCGCCAUGCUCUACCACAUGGGCCACCCCAUGUUUUAUCAAAACACAGAGUUUGAUGGUGCGCCUCAAAACAAGAGGCAAUCAAUGAUGUUUGACAUGCCGCUUUCGCCUCCAUACAUUGCUAAACGUCAUAGCGUGCCCAUGUUCAACAAUCUGCAGAUGAUUUAUCCACCCACGAGUGAACCUUUGGACCCUGCCGUGCUGAAGAAGAUUGACGAGUUUAGGCAAUUGCGAAGUGAGAUUGCCUCGGGCAACAAGUCCAUGGAGUACAGACUCAUUUGGUGCAAGAUGCUCAUCACCGCUUCGAAUUUGAAGUUGUACAACCACAUCAACAUCAAGGGCGAAUACGCCGCUGGCAAUGCGGCAAACAACAAGGCAGUUUUCGUUCGGUCCUCGGCGACUCACAUUCAAAAAAUCAUCAAGGAUAUUGAAAUGGAGGAGAACGGCUCCGAAAUGGGCGAGAUCAAAGACGCACUCAAGUGCAAGGCUUUUUUCAUCUACGCGUGUUUGUUGAAGAAUGAUUUUUUGCAGCCAUAUGGAGAAGAUUUCGGCAUCAAGAAAAACGUCUCGCUUGCUGUGAAAUUCUUUAAAAAAGUGUUGAGAAUCAACCCCAAGGACUCGCGAGUGCUUUACAAAUUGGGAGAAGUGUACGAGUACGAAAUGGAUAAGCAAGACGAGGCCAUUGAGUACUACUUGUCGUCUGCACAGUUUGGCUACGACAAGGCCCUGAGCAAAUUGGCAAAAUUUGGGUUCAACAUUCAAAGCGUUUGA